AUGGCGCCGCAACUGGUGCUGAUCCCGUCGCCGGGGAUCGGCCAUCUGGUGGGAAUGAUAGAGCUAGCCAAGCUCCUCAUCCACCGCUACCACCACCUCUCCGUCGUCCUUCUCGCCAUCAAGUCCCGCUCCACCACCAGCAAAUCCCACGACUACAUCAACUCCAUCUCCGCCGCCGGUCAACAUUCCACCCGUCUCAGCAUCAUCCAGCUCCCCAACAACGACGACCCCUCCGAUCCUAACCCCACCUACGUUUCCUUCGUGGAGAGCAAAAAGCCCCAAGUCAAAGAAGCCGUCUCCCGCCUCAUCUCCACCGACCACCACCUCGCCGGCUUCGUCCUCGACAUGUUCUGCACCUCGAUGAUCGACAUCGCCGACGAGCACUCCCUUCCUUCCUACAUAUUCUACCCUUCCAGCGCCGCCAAUCUCGCCUUCACCUUCCACAUCCAGGCCAAAUUCGAUUACCAGGGCCUGGAUCUAACAAAAUCCACCGAAUCCGAGCUUUCCGUUCCAUUUUUCGCCAAUCCGCUGCCACGUAAGGUCGUCCCCCCGGCCGUUAUGAACGAGGAGUGGCUUUCCAUCAUACUGGAUCACGGCCGGAAUUUCCGGCGAGCCAGGGGCAUCCUCGUAAAUACAAUCAGGGAGAUGGAAUCCCAUUCGCUGGAGUCUCUUACGGAGAUGGAAAUCCCGAAGGUGUACCCGGUGGGGCCCAUUCUGAAUCUGGACGGUGGAGGCGGGUUGGACUCGUCAACGGCAGAGAUCGUGCGGUGGCUGGACGGUCAGCCGGAUUCUUCCGUCGUGUUCCUCUGUUUCGGCAGCCUGGGGACGUUCGGCGCCGAUCAGGUGAGAGAAAUUGCUAUUGCGCUGGAGAAAAGCGGGGAGAGGUUCUUGUGGUCCCUGCGGAAGGGUGCACCGGAAGGGGUGAGGGCGCACCCGACGGACUACGACGACGUCGGGGAAGUUCUGCCGGAAGGGUUUCUCGAUCGGACGGCGACGGUGGGGAAAGUGAUUGGGUGGGCCCCACAGGCGGCGGUUCUGGCGCAUAAGGCGACCGGAGGGUUCGUGUCGCACUGCGGGUGGAAUUCUACUAUGGAGAGCGUGUGGUUUGGGGUUCCGAUGGCCGCGUGGCCGAUGUACGCGGAGCAGCAGUUCACGGCGUUUGAGCUGGUGGAGGAGGUGGGAAUGGCGGUGGAGAUCAAGCUGGACUAUGUGAUGGGGAGCUCCGGGGUUGUGGCGGCGGGUGAGAUUGAAGGAGGGAUUAGGCGUUUGAUGGAAAAGGGUAGCGAAAUGAGGAGGAAAGUUAAGGAAUUGAGUGAUGAAAGUAAGGAAUUGAGCGGUGGAAUUGCAGAGUUCGUUCGUGAGGUCAUCGGCGACGAUUCAUCAUUGUGA